AACAAACUUACUCCCUGAAGCACAAGAUCACCAUUCCCACACCCCUCGACCCAGAAAAGAGAAAAGAAAAAUGUCGCUUCUUGAAAGUCAUCUAGAGCAGAUCGCAUUGUCUUCUAAUGCCAUUGCGGAGCUACCGUUUCCCCAACCACGGAUCUUCACCAACGCGCUGCUAGGCCCCCACGAUAUCACCUCCUUGAUUCGAGAUACGGAGGCUCAUGAACGGGCUCUCUUCCAAUCUGAUCCUUCCGUCAAAUCCGUCGGCUCCCAGCGACGUCCUACCCGGCGUGGCACACAGUUUGCGCAAGAUUCAGAGGGCGAGUCCAUGGCAAGUCGGAUUUAUUCCGCUAGAGAUAACAAGAGUCAAUCAGCUGUCGCAAGGGUUCUGGGAGCUGAUAUGAUGGAGGAGAUCAAGCGAUCCGCUGGCACGUCCAGUAGGGGUCGUGGUGAAGUCAAUGUCGACGUUCUACUCCAGGGCGCAGAGAUUCUCUGCAAUGUCUAUCCUGUCGCUGGUGCACAUGAGAAGAUUGCCAGUCUACGUUAUCGUCACGAGCUGAUUUCGGGUUCCAUCAACGAAUUAGAGGCACGUGUGGCCAGAAACACUGCAGAGUUGGAAAAGAUGAGCCACUCCUAUGGAGAUGACUUUGAUGAAUAUGAUGGUGUCGAUUCUACACCGCCCGAGGUGGCUGAUGUCACGGAUGCUGACCUUGAGCGAGAGAUGGCGGAGAUCCGCGAGCUGGAGAGAAAGAAACGCACUUUAGAAGCCCGUGUUCACGGCAUGGAACGAGACCUGGGUGGGCUGCUGGGUUGAGAGCUCAGGAAGCUCUGUUCUGUUCGCCAUUUCCAGCGAGACCGUGAUGUCAGGUGCUCACAACGUCGCCUUAAUAUUCAGAAGGCAGGCCGUUUCCAUACAGAUAGGGCGGGCACCACUCCCACUAUGACUGAUCCAGAUGGCUAUCAUUGGUACGACAGGAAGUCUCCCUGAAAACCACGUCUAGCCCGACAAACCAUCCCAGCUUCGAUGGAUGCCGUGCGGCUUCUCCCCAUCUUGGC